UCAUUUCCUGCCGUUUAAAAAACUCUUCUCUGUAGCAUUGCUGCAUCUUCCGCUGUGUCGCAGCGCGUUUAUUAACUGGAAUUGUGCUUUGAAGUUGAAAGCUAAUCGAUUGAAGAUGAAUGUGAUCGAUCAUGUGCGGGAAAUGGCAGCGGCCGGGCUGCACUCUAAUGUCCGGAUCAUCAGUAGUUUACUCCUGACCAUGAGCACCAACAACCCGGAGCUUUUCUCGCCGUCUCAGAAGUACCAGCUGCUGGUGUAUCACGCUGAUGCUGUUUUCCAUGAUAAAGAGUACAGGAACGCAGCCUGUAAGUACAACAUGGCUUUACAGCAGAAGAAAGUGAUCAGCAAAACAUCUAAAGUGCGUCCAUCCAGCACAGGCGGCACAACAUCUGCAGUGCAGGCACAGAACUUGCCGUCAGAGAUUGAAGUGAAAUAUAAAAUCGCAGAGUGUUACACUAUUCUGAAGCUGGAUAAAGAUGCCAUAGCAGUGCUGGAGGGGAUCCCUUCACGCCAGAGAACGCCAAAGUACUCCAACUUAAACUUCAUACACUUCAGAGAAGCCAUGAGACUGGCGCCCUGUCGUCUGGACUGCUAUGAAGGUCUGAUUGACUGCUAUCUUGCCUCUAAUGGUAUCCGGGAGGCUAUGGGAAUGGCCAACAAUAUUUACAAGACCCUGGGAGCGAACGCCCAAACUCUCACCAUCCUGGCCACAGUGUGUCUGGAAGAUCCCAUGACCCAGGAGAAGGCCAAGACUCUGCUGGACAAAGCCCUCGCUCAGAGGCCCGACUAUAUCAAAGCUGUCGUGAAGAAAGCAGAGCUCCUCAGUCGAGAACAGAAGUAUGAGGAAGGAAUAGCACUUCUACGGAACACAUUAGCCAAUCAGAGCGACUGCGUGCUGCACAGGAUGCUGGGGGAUUUUCUUGUAGCUGUUAAUGACUAUCAGGAGGCCAUGGACCAGUACAGUAUAGCGCUAAGCCUCGAUCCGAAUGACCAGAAGUCUCUGGAGGGCAUGCAGAAGAUGGAGAAGGAGGAGAGUCCCACAGACGCCACGGUGGAGCUGGACGGUGACGAUAUGGAGGGCAGCGGGGAGGAGGGAGAUCUGGAGGGCAGUGACAGCGAGGCGGCGCAGUGGGCCGAUCAGGAGCAGUGGUUCGGCAUGCAGUGACCCUCAGCACUCGCUAAGAGACUCUUGAGCUUCAGCACUAAUUACACAAAUGAUGCACUCUUAAUGUAUUUUCUAACGGUAGUUAAACAGCGUGGGUUUCAAGUUUGCUGUUUUGGGCCAAAUACAGGACUAGGCAACUUUUUUUCAUUAAGGUGUCAAACCUGUCAUUUAUUUCGCAUGCGCUGAGCUUUUUUUUCCCAGUAAAAGUGAUGAUUGUUAAAGACGCAUCUUUUAAUGAACCACAAUCCCACAAAAUCUUUUUUCUCUCUCUCUCUGAUCUUGUGUGUAGUAAACAUGUCAAAGUCAUAUUUCACACCAAAAUCAAAAAGAAAAUGCUUUGUGUUCAUGUUAGGAAUUUUUCACAUUAGCACAUUUCAGCCAUUUUCUUUACUGCAAUGUUAUUUUACAUUUAUUCAAAGUGGUGAUUAAGAUAAUGCAGUGCUACUUUUUUUUUUGCUUUAAUAAUUUUUGUAUUAUGCAAAAGUGUUUUGUUUUAUUUGCUUUUGUUUCGUCUGAAUAUAACCCAGAUGUUCUUGACUAAGUUUUGUGACAUUUAACAGAGCAUGUAAGCGAUGCAGUCAUUAAUUUCUGUAGCCCUAAGCGCAUUUUUUUUUCAGUGUUUGUCUUCUAUUAAUGUUUCUAUAUUGUAAAUAAGACUAUUUUUUAAAUGUUUUGGAAUUAAAAUCAUGGCAUGAAAAAUGUUGACCUAUUCAGUUACUAAACAGAAUAUCUCUUUUCCUAUCCUAAUACAAAAUAAAUCACGUGUUGUCACAGGGUAAAGAAAGAGCAGAGCAACCACGUAACAUUUUAUUAACCACAAGUCAUUGUGAUAAUUACAACACUGAUUCGGCAGCACCCGCCCUCCAUUUCCAUGGCAACUGCUGGAAGAGACCGCCUGUCUCUCAAUGUCACACACACACACCUAACACCUGCUUUAAAACAUAUUGCACAUCCCUGUGCAAAGCAACAAGAACAAUCAAUUUUGGUUAAUUUACAUAUCUCACAAAAGAUCUGCGAAAAUGAUGCUUUUUUUCACUAAUGACAUCUUUUUUUUCUUUUCAAAUAUUGCAGUUCUAUACAAAAGUUUCUAACAUAAGGGGACAUGCACCAUGAAAACUGCUGUAAUGUUACAUUUUAAGAGUAUUUUCAAAGUUCACUGGGUCUCAAAUCAUUUUUUUCCACUCCUAAUGCUUGAGCUUCUAAACUAAUGAGGCAAAUGCUUGGGUUUUUUAGCAGUUGACAUGCAGGCCUAGAAAGAUGUGUGGAGCUGCUGAAAACAACAUGCACUAAAGUCACAAAAACCUCACAGCUUCUGCAAG